ACUUUUGCUUCAUUUUUCGUAUUCAAUCACCGUCUCAAGUAAAGUUGUUACUUUUGCUUCAUUUUUCGUAUUCAAUCACCGUCUCAAGUAAAGUUGUUUCCUUUCUCACUCUUAUCAAUGCCAAUUUGAAUUUCACCGAUGAAGGGAUGCAUUUUCACUAAAACAAAUACUCUCAAAUCUGAAUGAAAAGGGUGCAUUUGCUUGAUUGUCAGGGAUGCUUCUCCAGGGCUUUCAAAGGUUAUGACGUGUGUUUCAAGAUGCCCAUGCUUGUAGAUUGCGAUCCUCUUGCUUUCAUUUUGUUUGCUUAGUUCUGCAAACUAUUGUUGUCAUUGUUACAUUCACUUCGACUGGGAGUUACUAAGAGACAGAAAAUGAACACGCAUAAUAUGUUGGGCGUUGUUUUAAAUGAUAUACUUCACAUGGUGACACCCUCGCGAGAAGAUUGGGAGAUACGGCUUGCAAUUAUAAGUGAUUUGCGAAGCACUGUUGAAUCUGUGGAAAGCCUGAGAGGAGCAACUGUUGAACCAUUUGGGUCAUUUGUAUCUAAUCUCUUCACACGAUGGGGUGACUUGGAUAUUUCAAUUGAGUUAUUAAAUGGCACCCAUAUUGCAUCUGCUGGGAAAAAACAAAAACAAACGUUGCUGGUAAAUUUCCUAAAAGUUUUGAGAAUGAAAGGUGGAUGCAUGAACAUUCAGCUCAUCCCUCAUGCAAGAGUUCCCAUUUUAAAGUUUAAAAGUGUCCGACAAGGCAUAUCUUGCGAUGUUUCGAUCAAUAACCUUCCAGGCCUAAUGAAAUCCAAAUUUUUGCUUUGGAUCAGCAAGAUAGAUGACCGUUUUCAUGAUCUGGUUUUAGUGGUCAAGCAAUGGGCCAACGCACAUAAAAUCAAUAACUCGAAGACUGGAUCUUUCAACUCCUUUUCUCUCAGUUUACUUGUAAUCUUUCACUUUCAGACAUGUGUUCCUGCAAUUUUUCCACCGCUGAAAGAUAUAUAUCCUACCAAUAUGGUUGAUGAGCUGAGAGGAGUUAGAGUUGAUGCUGAGAAUCUUAUCUCAGGAACCUGUAAUGCUAACAUAGACAGGUUCAAAUCAAAUAAGUCGAGGCCAAUCAACAGAACAUCUUUACCUGAACUUUUUAUUGAUUUCCUAAGAAAGUUUGCUCUGAUAGAUACAUGGGCCGCAGAGUUUGGAGUUUGCACUUACACGGGGCAAUGGGAACAGAUAGAAAACAACAUGAGAUGGUUGCCAAAGACUUCUGCAAUAUACGUUGAGGAUCCUUUUGAGCAGCCGGAAAACUCAGCAAGAUCAGUCAGUGCAGGACAGCUGAAAAAGAUAGGCGAAGCAUUUCUAACGACGUACAACUUACUUAUAUCAAACAACCAGAACCAAAGCUCUAUCCUGACCCAAUUAGUACCACCACAUGUGUCGAGACUUAUAGCCGGACCUGUCAAUCCUUAUUAUAAUGUCUGGCCUUCCCUUCCAAAUUACAACGGCGGUUACCCUCAUCUAACUCAACCACAGGUUCAGAAGGGAGUGCUCCCACACCCACAAUCAAAACGCCGUGUUCGAAAUGGCAGGCAGGGAGCCAGCUCCAACGGUUCAACUUCAAAACAAGGAGCCAAUUCCAACGGUUCGACUUCAAAACAAGGAGCCAAUUCCAAGGGUUCGACUUCAAAUCAAGGAGCCAAUUCCAAUGGGUCGACUUCAAAGCAAGGAGCAAGCUCCAAUAGCUCUACUUCAAAACAAGGAGCAAGCUCCAAUGGUUUGACUUCAAAACAAGGAGCAAGCUCCAAUGGUUCGACUUCAAAACAAGGAGCAACCUCCGAUGGUUCGACUUCAAAGCAAGGAGCAAGCUCCAAUGGUCCAACUUCAAGUGUACCUACGAAAAGUCGUCAAGGUCCGCCGCCGCAGCAGGCGUGGAGACCAAAAGCACAUACCCAAGCAUAGCCAAAAUACAGAAGGGAGUAUAUGUUCAUCUAGUCAACAGGUUUAAGAGUAACUGUUGUUUUUUUGCUUACUGGUUCAUACAAUUCAUUGACAUCACCGGAUUUCUUGGGUUAUAAGUUACUUGGCAUGAAAUUUUUGCUCUUGGAUGAAAAGAUUAUUACUGGACAUUGGAUUAUUACUUGACAUUUUGACGGAGAUUAUAAAUUAAGAAUAUUAAGAAGCCUAGUAUAUUAGUCUUUAUUUUUAGUUUGACAUGUGAAAAGGUUUAAGGUGAACCACCUUAAUUAGUGUUCAUAAGAUUCAUUAAGGAAUAAGACAUUAUAGACAGCAUAGUUACAUUAGAUCAAUGUUUUUUGGACACUCUCUUUUGUGCUCCCAUCACCCCCUGGCCUUUAUAAUUUUUUUUUACAUUUUUACUAAAGCCACUCAAUACACCUCCAAAAUUUUGGGUAUAGUUUUUGGCGUCACACCACUUCGGCAUGAUAAUAACAUCUUCCUCCUAUUUGCAAGCUUCUUGU